CAGGCGCGCGUGCGAGAGAGCAAGGCAGCGCGUCUCUCUCUCUCUGUGAAGGCGAGGUGGGCCGGGUGCCCUCGCGCAGGCGCAGAAGCGGACGCCGUCGCCGGAGCGGCCGUUGGCAACAGCACCCCGGCGGGCGGCCGCGAAGAGGCGAGAGGGCAGCCGCGUGCCGCUCUGCGCAUGCACGCGAGAGAGGCCCGCCUGCUGUCGCCGGGCCCUCCUGUGUGAGGUAAAGACGGAAGAGGAGCCAGGCGGCCCGCCGUGAGGGGAGGACGACGACGACGCGGGAGGCCGCCGCCGCCGCCCGACCAGGAAAAGGAGGAGGAGGAGGAGGAGGACAACGAGGAGGAGGGGAAGGGAGGCGGGCAGCCCAGCCUCGCGCCGGCCGGCCCCGCCGCUGCCGCCGCCAUGAACAGCGUGGGGGGCGCCGACGAGAUCGGAAAGUUGUUUGUGGGCGGCCUAGACUGGAGCACUACGCAAGAAACGCUCCGUAGCUACUUUUCCCAAUAUGGAGAGGUGGUCGACUGUGUCAUAAUGAAAGAUAAGAUGACCAAUCAGUCACGAGGGUUUGGAUUUGUCAAGUUCAAAGAUCCCAACUGUGUGGGGAUGGUCCUGGCCAGCAGGCCUCAUACACUAGAUGGUCGAAAUAUUGAUCCAAAGCCCUGCACCCCUCGAGGAAUGCAGCCGGAGAGAACACGACCAAAGGAAGGAUGGAAAGGAAACAGGAGCGAUAGCAAGUCCAAUAAAAUUUUUGUGGGUGGAAUCCCUCACAACUGUGGUGAGACAGAGCUCAGGGAAUACUUCAAGAAGUUCGGAAUGGUCACCGAAGUGGUAAUGAUCUACGACGCAGAGAAACAGCGGCCCCGAGGUUUUGGAUUUAUUACUUUCGAGGACGAACAAUCAGUGGACCAGGCUGUCAACAUGCAUUUUCACGACAUCAUGGGCAAAAAAGUGGAAGUGAAGCGAGCAGAGCCACGGGAUAGCAAGAGCCAGAUGCCAGGGCCGACAGGCACCAGCCAGUGGGGGGGCCGGAUCGUGCCCAGUGCUGCAAAUGGUUGGGCGGGGCAGCCCCCACCUACCUGGCAGCAAGGAUAUGGCCCUCAAGGUAUGUGGGUGCCCGCUGGACAAGCACUUGACACCAUCCAUUCUGUCAACAGCUCCCGUUUUUCUCAACCCUCUGCUUCUCACUGGCUCCCCCCCCCCCCCGCAGGUGGGUAUGGUCCCCCUCCUCCAGGGAGAGGAGCUCCGCCUCCACCGCCGCCUUUUACCUCAUACAUCGUCUCGACACCUCCAGGAGGAUUCCCUCCCCCACAGGGUUUCCCGCAGGGAUACGGCACCCCUCCACCCUUCAGCUUUGGAUACGGUGCCCCACCACCACCUCCUGACCAGUUUGCCCCUACUGGUGUUCCUCCACCACCUGCCACUCCUGGGGCAACACCACUAGCUUUCCCGCCGCCGCCGCCACCAUCUCAGCCAACUCAGGACAUGAGCAAGCCACCGACCGCCCAGCCCGAAUUCCCCUAUAGUCAGUUUGGAUAUGGACAAGACUUGAGUGGCUUUGGACAAGGCUUCUCAGAUCCCAGCCAACAGCCGCCCUCCUAUGGAGGCCCUUCCGUACCACCUUCCAGUGGGCCGCCCGCCGGGGGCAGUGGUUUUGGCCGCGGACAGAACCAUAACGUUCAAGGUUUCCACCCCUACCGACGCUAGUGCGCCCACGUAGAAAUCAGGGAGUUCUGUCCAGAGCAGGAUAUCUGGUACCAGCUUGAACCCAGGAAUCCCACACUUCUGAACUUGUGACAAUCACCUACGGGCCGGAGGGGGAGGGGGGACCACAAACGUAACAUCUGGGGGCGGGGCGUGUUGGUGGGAGGCGGCAGCAGCUUUUGAAAGCAAAGUUGUGGGUGGUGUUUGGGCUGCAGUUUUAAAUUUUUUUUGUUUCCUUUCUUUAACCCAUCAGCACAAAUAAAGAGAGUGUCACUAGUUCAAACUACAGGGUUUAAAAAAAAAGAAGUCUUCAGCUUUAAUUAAAAACUUCAGGUUUCUUUCUCUAUAUUUUUGUUGGAAAUUUAAUUUUUUUUUCCUGAGCUUUUUUGGUUUUACCAUAUAUUGUAAACUUUAUGUUUAAAGAAGAAGAAAAAAAUAUAUGCAUUUACAGAUUGUGA